GGUUUCAGAACCUGGCGAGGGAACAAGAUGUGAACUGUUGCGCUCCUGAAGAAAAAAGGCCCUUCCUCCCCUUCUCGCGAAGGCAAAUGUUCUGAAAAAAACUCUGCGUGGGGAUGGCUUGCCUUACAAUGACAGAAAUGGAAGGAACGUCCGUAUCUCCUGUACAUCAGAACGGUGAUAUUCCUGGAAAUGCUAAUCCGGUGAAGCAAAUAGAUCCACUCCUACAGGUGUAUCUUUACCAUUCUCUUGAGAAAGCUGAAGGAGAGUAUCUGAAGUUUCCAACUGGGGAGUAUGUUGCAGAAGAAAUCUGUGUUGCUGCUUCUAAAGCUUGUGGAAUCACACCUGUGUAUCAUAGUAUGUUUGCUUUAAUGAGUGAAACAGAAAGGAUUUGGUAUCCGCCCAACCAUGUCUUCCAUAUAGAUGAAUCAACCAGGCACAAUGUACUCUACAGAAUAAGAUUUUACUUUCCUUACUGGUAUUGUAACGGCAGCAACAGAACCUAUCGGUAUGGGAUAUCUCGAGGUGCUGAAACUCCUCUUCUUGACGACUUUGUCAUGGCCUACCUUUUUGCUCAGUGGCGGCAUGAUUUUUUACAUGGAUGGAUAAAAAUACCUGUGACUCAUGAAACACAAGAAGAAUGUCUUGGAAUGGCUGUGUUAGAUAUGAUGAGACUAGCCAAAGAGAAAGAUCAGACCCCAUUGGACAUCUAUAGCUCUAUCAGCUACAAGACAUUCUUACCAAAAUGUGUUCGAGCAAAGAUCCAAGACUAUCAUAUUUUGACAAGGAAACGAAUAAGGUACAGAUUUCGCAGAUUUAUUGAGCAGUUCAGCCAUUGCAAAGCCACUGCCAGAAACUUGAAACUUAAGUAUCUUAUAAAUCUGGAAACUCUUCAGUCAGCCUUCUACACAGAGCAAUUUGAAGUAAAAGAACCUGGAAGAGGUCCUUCAGGUGAGGAGAUUUUUGCAACCAUUAUAAUAACUGGAAACGGUGGAAUUCAGUGGUCAAGAGGGAAACAUAAAGAAAGUGAGACACUGACAGAACAGGAUUUACAGUUAUAUUGUGACUUCCCUGAUAUUAUUGAUGUUACUAUUAAGCAAGCAAGCCAAGAAGGCUCAAAUGAAAGUAGAAUUGUAACUAUACAUAAGCAAGAUGGUAAAAAUCUGGAAAUUGAACUUAGCUCAUUAAAAGAAGCUUUGUCCUUUGUGUCAUUAAUUGAUGGCUAUUACAGAUUAACCGCAGAUGCACAUCAUUACCUCUGUAAAGAAGUAGCACCUCCAAUGGUUCUUGAAAAUAUACAAAGCAACUGUCAUGGCCCAAUUUUAAUGGAUUUUGCCAUCAGUAAACUGAAGAAAGCAGGUAAUCAGACUGGACUCUACGUACUUCGAUGCAGUCCUAAGGAUUUUAAUAAGUAUUUUCUGACUUUUGCUGUUGAGCGAGAAAAUGCCAUUGAAUAUAAGCACUGUUUGAUUACAAAGAAUGAAAAUGGAGAAUACAAUCUCAGUGGGACCAAGAAGAACUUCAGUAACCUUAAAGAUCUUUUGAAUUGCUACCAGAUGGAAACUGUUCGCUCAGACAGUAUAAUUUUCCAGUUUACUAAAUGUUGUCCCCCAAAGUUGAAAGAUAAAUCAAACCUUCUAGUCUUCAGAACCAGUGGCGUUUCUGAUGUUCCCACAUCACCAACAUUACAGAGGCACAAUAAUGUGAACCAAAUGGUGUUUCACAAAAUCAGAAAUGAAGAUUUGAUGUUUAAUGAAAGCCUUGGCCAAGGCACUUUUACAAAAAUUUUUAAAGGUAUAAGGAGAGAAGUAGGAGAUUAUGGUCAACUACAUGAAACAGAAGUUCUUUUAAAAGUUCUGGAUAAAGCUCACAGAAACUAUUCCGAGUCUUUCUUUGAAGCAGCAAGCAUGAUGAGCCAGCUUUCUCACAAGCAUCUAGUUUUAAAUUAUGGAGUGUGUGUCUGUGGGGAGGAGAAUAUUCUGGUUCAAGAGUUUGUAAAAUUUGGAUCAUUAGAUACAUAUCUGAAAAAGAAUAAAAAUUCUAUAAAUAUAUUAUGGAAACUUGAAGUGGCUAAACAGUUGGCAUGGGCCAUGCAUUUUCUAGAAGAAAAAGCACUUGUUCAUGGGAAUGUGUGUGCCAAAAAUAUUCUGCUUAUCAGAGAAGAAGACAGGAAGACAGGAAACCCUCCUUUCAUCAAACUUAGUGAUCCUGGCAUUAGUAUUACAGUUUUGCCAAAGGACAUUCUUCAGGAGAGAAUACCAUGGGUACCACCUGAAUGCAUUGAAAAUCCUAAAAAUCUAAAUUUGGCAACAGACAAAUGGAGUUUUGGUACCACUUUGUGGGAAAUCUGCAGUGGAGGAGAUAAACCUCUGAGUGCUUUGGAUUCUCAAAGAAAGCUACAGUUUUACGAAGAUAGGCACCAGCUUCCUGCACCAAAGUGGACAGAAUUAGCAAAUCUUAUUAAUAAUUGUAUGGAUUAUGAACCAGAUUUUAGACCUUCUUUCAGAGCCAUCAUACGAGAUCUUAAUAGUUUGUUUACUCCAGAUUAUGAACUACUAACAGAAAAUGACAUGUUACCAAAUAUGAGAAUAGGUGCCCUGGGGUUUUCUGGUGCUUUUGAAGACCGAGACCCUACACAAUUUGAAGAGAGACACUUGAAAUUUCUACAGCAACUUGGCAAGGGUAAUUUUGGCAGCGUGGAGAUGUGCCGGUAUGACCCCCUGCAGGACAACACUGGGGAGGUGGUGGCUGUGAAGAAGCUCCAGCACAGUACUGAGGAGCACCUGAGAGACUUUGAGAGGGAGAUUGAAAUCCUGAAAUCCCUGCAGCAUGACAACAUUGUGAAGUACAAGGGAGUGUGCUACAGUGCUGGUCGGCGUAAUCUAAGAUUAAUUAUGGAAUAUUUACCAUAUGGAAGUUUACGAGACUAUCUCCAAAAACAUAAAGAACGGAUAGAUCAUAAAAAACUUCUGCAGUAUACAUCUCAGAUAUGCAAGGGCAUGGAGUAUCUUGGUACAAAAAGAUAUAUCCACAGGGAUCUGGCAACAAGGAAUAUAUUGGUGGAAAACGAAAACAGGGUAAAAAUUGGAGAUUUUGGGUUAACCAAAGUCUUGCCACAAGACAAAGAAUACUACAAAGUGAAAGAACCUGGUGAAAGUCCCAUAUUCUGGUAUGCUCCAGAAUCACUGACAGAGAGCAAGUUUUCUGUGGCUUCAGAUGUUUGGAGCUUUGGAGUGGUUCUCUAUGAACUUUUCACAUAUAUUGAGAAGAGUAAAAGUCCCCCAGCGGAAUUUAUGCGCAUGAUUGGCAAUGACAAACAAGGACAGAUGAUUGUGUUUCAUUUGAUAGAACUCCUGAAGAAUAAUGGAAGAUUACCAAGACCAGAUGGAUGCCCAGAUGAGAUUUAUUUGAUCAUGACAGAAUGCUGGAACAAUAAUGUCAAUCAACGCCCCUCUUUUAGAGACCUAGCUCUUCGAGUUGAUCAAAUAAGGGACAACAUGGCUGGAUGAAAGAAACAAACGUCACUCUGAGACCAAAAUAGACUUACAGAACAAAGUUUUGUAUUUCACAUUACUGUGGACUAUUAUUACAUAUACCAUUGUUAGGUAUAUCAUGAUGCUAGCCAGCAAUGAUGUGGAAAUAUCCAUUCAAAACUUUCAAAGUUUAGUGAGCUUUUUCUUCGUGAAGAUGUCGGUAAAAGACUUGAUGAAAAGUCCUUAGCAAAGAAUUUUGUGAUUUCACAAACCUAAUCAGUCCGUUAACAUCACUUUUCUUUGGCAAAAGAAAAAAAUAGACUUUUUGCAACUCAGAAUUUUGAAAGAUGAAAAUAUCAUAAUGUAGAUUUUACAAUGUUGACGAUGCACAGAAUACGUAUGUACAGUUUUUACCACAGUGAAUGUAUAAUACCUUUGCAUCUUGUGCGAUGUUUUACACAAGGGCUGGUGUUCAUUGAUAAUGUUUCCGAAUUUUUCCAUAGUUGAUCUACAAUAAUGUCACUAUACAAAUUAUGCUUAGAUAAUUGAAUAAGCACCUUGUGUUCUUGUUCAUCUAUAUCACUGGCCAGCAAUAUAAGCAGUUGUACACUUUUAGCUUGUAGUUCUAUGUACUGUAAAUAUUUUUCAAAGCAACGGGAACAAAUGUUUAGUUUCAUUUGUAUAGGAAAUUUCCCUUACCCUAAAGAAUACCUUUUGAAAUGGAACACGUUUACAAAGAUAUAACACAAUCUAUUUUCUUAUUUGUCUCCCUUGUAUCUCUUUGUGGUGAGUAUGUUUUUAAAAUAGAACUCUCUCCAAAUUUUUCUAA